AUGUCGAUUGUUAGUGAUACCAACAUUACGCAAAUGUGUUCAUUUUCAGGUACACCAGAACUUCCACCAUGUCCAGACAUAACGGAAACACCUAAAGAAGAAAUAAAAGCAAAGAAGAAUAAAACAAAUAAUAAAGAGAAGAUGAAUCAAUUUAUUAAAAGACAGAUGAAUGAUGAUCCAAUUGAUGUUAUGAUGGAUAUCAUUGAAGAAAAUAAACGAUUAAGAAAAGAACUAGAAAGAAUCGGAUUGUUAUUAAUUAAUGAAAAUAGAAUGAAUGAAAAACUUCGGAAUGGUGUUUUAAAUGAAAGAAAGAUGAGAGUGAAUUUAAAUAUUAUAUUAGGUAAACAAGGAACAGGAAAAACAACAUUUAUAAUGAAAGGAUUAAUAAAAAUAAAUAAAAUAGAACAUUUAUAUGGAGCAGUUAUUUAUGUAACAAAAAAUGUAGGAGAAGAUGAAACAUUUAAAGAAUUAAAAGAUUUAAUUAAAACACCAAUUUAUGGAAUGAAUUAUAAAAAAUUUAUACCAGCAUUAAUACAAUAUUAUAAACAACCACAAGAAAAACAUUUAUUAAUUAUAUUAGAAGAUGCAUUAUUUGCAUUAAUGAAAGAAGAUAAAACAUGGGGAGAAAUUAUUACAAGAUUAAGACAUUUAAAAACAACUAUUAUUGUAAAUAUGCACAUAUGGAAAAGUUUAAAUGCCUCAUUUAAAAUACAAGUAGCAACAAUUAUUAUAUUUAAAGGAUAUUCUAAAGAAAAUUUUAAUUAUAUAUUUAGACAAACAGCAGCAAAUACAAGUGGAUUUAUUGGAUAUUAUUUAUAUUUAGGAAUGAAUAAAGAACAAAUAUUAAAAAUAGAUAAUUUAACAGGAGAUAUAAGUAUUAUUAAAAAAUAA